UGAUCUGAUAACAAACGAACAAUGGCAACUGCCAGUCAAGUAACGUCUUUAAAGACACAGCAGAAUCGUUGUCGUCUUUUUCGUCUGCAAAUGCUGAUUAUAGACGGCGGACUACUUAUUCUUAGGAAUAUUUUCAAUCAAAAACUGCAAAAUGUCCCUCUUGUCACAUUUUUGAAGAAUGAAAGACACACAAUUACAAACUUAAGAACACGUGGAAAAAUUACCCAGGUACAAUAUGAUCUACUAUUUCCAUCAGGUGGCAGCAGUCCAGCUGCAACAGACCUAGACAUCACGUUAAUCAUAUGUCUCCUUAGAAACAUCAAGUCAUUCGGGCUGAACAAGAACUUUCAAUGGAACUCAAGUCCUACACCAGGUGAUACCUCAGUUGAAGCUGAUAUUUCCCGUCUGAAAAUGUACAGGAACGAGCUCAGUCACAUAUCUUCAACAAGUGGAAUAACGUUGCCUGUCUUCGCAACAAAGUGGACGGAGAUCGAACAGGUUCUUUUGAGGUUAAACUUGGCAGUGACUCCCAUACCAAACCUACAAAAGAUGAUUGAUGACUUUAAAGUGAAUCCCCUUGAUCCCGAAGCAGAAAGAAGGGUACAGAAGGCCAUAGACAGUUGGCAAAUGUUAGAAAAGGGAGUAGAAGCAGAUUUAAAACUGAUAAAAGAGAAAACCAAGGAUAUAGAAUUUUCUGUCAAAUUGCAAACUGUAACCGUGAAGGAGUUAAACAAGAAGACCAGUGAAAAUGCUAAACAAAUACAGGAAUUAAAGUUAAAGGAAAAAAGUAGAAAAUGUGUCACAGCAGAGACAGACUCAAUGAGACAGUCUCAAUAUAAAGAGUCGAAAAAAAGUAAGUUAUAGCUCUUUAUGUAAUAAUAACAUAUUUAAAAG